CACCUCCAGAAAACGGUUGUAUUUUCUGUAUUGAUGUAAAACAGGUAACAAAAAGGUCUCUUCUUUAUCCCACUUUCUCCAUUAUUCUAGUCAGGUUGUAGGAGUAGGAGUAGGAUGAUAAUUCCUUCAAUCCAUCCAAAUGCAAGAUUAUACUCUCUCUCCACUACUCUUUCUACUCCGUACACUCCCCUCUUUCUUCCCUUCUUCUUCUUCUUCUUCUUCUUCUUCUUCUUCUUCUCCCCCCCCCCCAAAAAACAAAAAAAUCCCAAUCGAACUUUAUCCUUCCCCGAACGCGUUCUGUUCUGCCUUUCAUCUUUUCCCUCUUUCUUCCUCCCAUCUUCUACCUCCUCUUCCCCCCCCCCCCCCCCUAACUUCUUCCACUCUUCUUCUUCUUCUUCCCUUUACUCUCUUAAUCUAUCUCUUUUCUAAUCGCAUCAUCUCGCCUUUCACUUCCCAUAAUCUUUUCAUCUUAUAGUCCAUUUCAUUUUCGCUUCCUAUUCUUCUCCCCCUCAAAGGGUUCUCCUAUCUCUCAUCCUCGGUCCGUCGCAUCCCUGGGUUGGUUUUUGGUAUCCUUCUUAGGCGCUCAACCUGUCCUAUUGUAUUCAAGGGAAUGAUAUAGCCUCCUGGAAUCAUCAUUGUGAGACAUACUGCUUGAUCAAGUAACUUUGU